CAAUCUGAUAGAUGAAGAGAAAACCUUCGAUUGACAGAAUUUAUUGAAAACGAGUAGGUACACGUGGAGUUGGUCGAGUUUACAAUAUUUAUAGUAAACACAUCUGAUAUUUGUAUGCACAAAAUGGUGUUAUAUAUAUGUUUUAAGUGGCAAAUUGAAAUUGAAGCAUCCAAUACAGUAAAAGACUCCUUAUUUAUCGCUAUAACUUCCUCGUUUUCUCUCAAUAGAAACACACAAUUCUGAAACCCUACAAACCCCAGUCCUUUCUCGUUCUCACCAAAAAAAUUUUUAAAAAAAAAUUCGUAAAAGAAUCUGGAAUUUGAAUUAAUUGCUAACUUUUUCAAUGCCGGAAAAAGAUUUGCCACCGGACCAUUUGCGAUGCAAGAGGACCGACGGCCGUCAAUGGCGGUGCAGCAGGCGAGCGUUGGACGGGUUAACGCUAUGUGAAAUUCACCAUCUUCAAGGCCGUCACCGCCAGAAGAAACAGAAGGUGCCAGACUCGCUUAAAAUCGAGCGGAGUUAUUCAAAGCAGAGGAAGAAUUGUGAAAAAGGGGGUGUUUCGAAAUUGACUAAAAUGCAACAGUCAGUGGAGAAGAGAAAGCGGUGUCAAUCGGAGGCGCUGGAUGAGGCUUUGAAGCGGAUGAAAUUGAGAAAAGGCGACCUGCAGUUGGAACUGAUCAGAGUGUUCUUGAAGAGGCAAGUUGAGAAGAAGAAGGAGAGAGCAUUAAAGGAAUCUGCAACUGGUGAAACGAUGAGAGUGUUGCCUAAUGGAGUCAUGGCUAUUUCGCAUUUGCCUUUGGGCUCGCAGGAAUUUAGCAAUCAAAAUGGUGUUUUGGAUGUGAAAUUAGGGGUGGAUUUGAACUUGAGCUUGUUUUCGCAAAGGAAUUUCAGAUCAAAAAAUAUUGAACCACUUCCAAUUGGUACAAUGCAGGUUGUCCCAUUCGCAGGGAGUGUGAAGAAAAGAAAAAUAAAGAGAUGCCAUUGGUGUAGAGCAAGUAAUAAACUGAGUAUGAUCAAGUGUUUGAGUUGCAGGAAACGGUUCUUUUGUGCAGAUUGUCUUAAAGAGAGGUAUUUUGAGAGGCAAGAAGUGAAGGAGAAAUGUCCUGCCUGUCAUGGAACUUGCACUUGUAUGAUCUGCCAAAAACAGCAAUCCAAGGCUGUUAAUCACAAGGAAUGUCCUAGAAGUAAAAGGAGGGUCGAUAGAAAUCACUUACUUCAUUACCUGAUUAAUAUACUUCUUCCAGUACUAAAAAAAAUUAACCAUGACCAGAGUGCUGAGAUAGAGAUAGAAGCUCAUGCAGGAAAUGAAGUCCAGAUUCCACAGGCCAACUUAGGCUUCCAAAAUUUACAUUGCUGCAACUGCAAAACUUCCAUCGCGGAUUAUCACAGAAGCUGCGCAAAAUGUUCCUAUAAUAUUUGCUUAAGUUGUUUGGAGUUAUGUCGAGGGAGCUUAUGUGGAGGAUUUAAGCUUAAAAGUUGCAAGAAAAAGAAAACUUGUCCAUCUGAUGAUGAACUGCUGUUAAAGAUAAACAAUAAGAUUUCAAUGCAAAGUUCUGGUGGGAUGUCCUCUUUUUCUCCCAUGUCAUUGCAAAAUUGGGAAGCUAAUGCAGAUGGCAGUGUUUCUUGCCCAUCCGUGGAUGUUGGAGGUUGUGGAAAUAGCCUUCUUGAUUUAAGAUGUGUAUUUCCCUCAACCUGGACCAGAGAACUGGAAGUUAGAGCUGAAAAAAUAUUAUGCAGCUAUCACUUUCCGGAGAUUGCAGAUGCUUCUUGGUUUUGCUCUCUCUGCAAUGGAAUUGACCAUAAAGCUGGUGUGGAUAAGACUCUGCGAGAAGUGUCUAGCAGAAGAGGUUCUAAUGAUAACCAUUUGUAUUGUCCUACUCUACAGGGUCUUCGUCAAGAAACCCUUGAGCAUUUUCAGAAGCACUGGGGUAUGGGUCAUCCUGUUAUAGUUCAGAACGUACUUAAGAGCACCUCAGGUUUGUGUUGGGAUCCAUUUACCAUGUUCUGCUCUUAUAUUGAAAAUAGAAGCUCCAAAGCUUACAAUGAGGAUAGUGUGGAAGCAACAAACUGCUCAGAUUGGUGUGAGGUAGAAAUUGAGAGGAAGCAGAUAUUCAUGGGAUCACUGGAGAAGAGAACACAUGCAAGUGUGCGGCAUAAAAUGCUAAAAUUCAAAGCUUCGUUUUCUUCCGGUUUAUUUCAAAAGCAAUUUCCAGCUCACUAUAACGAGAUCUUACAUGCUUUACCACUCCCACAUUACAUCAAUCCAGUGUCUGGCCUUCUGAACUUGGCUGUUAAGUUGCCUAAGGAAUUGCAGAAAACUGAUUUGGGUCCUUGUAUCUAUAUUUCAUAUGGAGGUCCAGAGGAACUAAUGCAGGCAGAUUUUUUGACAAAACUAUGUUAUGAAUCACAUGAUACAGUUAAUAUCCUUGCUUAUGCAACAGAUAUUCCAAUCUCCCAAGAACAGAUUACUAAGAUUGAAAGUUUAAUGAAAAAGUGCAAGUCUCCAGUUCCUCAUGAGCAGUCAGCAGGCAAUUCAACUGAUCAGAAAGGCAAGUCAUCUUUGCAGAAUGAAGGUACUGGUGAAUUAGGCUUGCCGGCCGUUGUUGGAGACAGGAUGCAACUAACUAAUGGAAUCCACUCCAGUGAUUCACUCAAGCGCCAUACAUUAAGCGUUGAAGAUGAAAAUAUGUCUCUUGACAGUGAAUCUGAUUCUGAGGAAUCAAUAAUUUGCUGUGGAACUAUUGAAAAAUCUGAAGACACUGAUGAGUAUUUUCUGGCUGAAGAUAUAAAAAGCUCUUGUUCUAGUGAAGAUAAGCGAGGAAACAAUUCUUGUGGUGCCCAAUGGGACAUUUUCCGUCGACAAGAUGUCCCAAAACUUCUAGAGUAUCUAAAGCGACACUCUAAUGAGCUCAGCCAUACUUGCUAUUCAAAACAUGUUGUUCAUCCAAUCCUUGAUCAGAAUUUCUAUCUUGAUGCUUUUCACAAAUUGAAGCUUAAAGAGGAGUUUGAUAUUCAACCUUGGACCUUUGAGCAACAACCUGGAGAAGCUAUCAUAAUUCCUGCAGGAUGUCCGUAUCAAAUUAAAAAACUUAAGCUUUUGGACUUUUUCAGUCAUGUGUCGGUGUUGUUUUGGACUUCAUCUCACCUGAAAAUGCCACUCAAUGCGUUAAACUUAGUGAUGAAAUCUGCCUACUUCCUAGGCGGCACAAAGCAAGAGAAAGAUUGUUGGAAGUAAAAAGGAUGACCCUUCAUGGAAUCAACGCAGCAAUUGAAGAUAUCUACAAUCUUGUGCACUUAGAGCAAGAUUGAUGGACUCGAUGAAAUUGGAAGCACCCACCAUCGGAAGAGAUUAAUCUGCGUAGCUUGUGAUUUUCUGUCAGCCUACGUGGAUUUCUCCUUCUUGAAAGCGUUUGUGCUGGCUGUCUAGUGGCUUGUUGACUAAGAGGAGGUAAUUGAAGUAAAAUUAUGAUCUCUCCCGGUCGAGUUUUUGGAAUGUGGAGGCCCAAAUUCCUAGCGACAAUAUGGUUGAUAGUUUUGAGUCGAAGUUCUUCUAAACUCUGAUGAUUAUUUCAACAAGAAGUUUACAAAUUGUGGAAUGGACUAUGAUCUACAGUUUUCUACCCAUUUUCCGCCAUUAUUGUUGUCCGAGGUAGAGUUUUGAUGCAGUUCAUUGUGCAGUGGGAGCUGCGAAUAUACAGGUAUAUUGUUGGAAAAUCUGCCAGCUUGUUUGACAUAUUUCUGAAGAUUUUUGGAGCUCACAUGCAUUGUAGCCAUCAUAAAGUUGUACAUAAAAUUUCUUAGGAUUCUUCCUUAUAUCUGCCAAUUUGUUUCUUUGUUCCAUUGGCAUUUUUUCAAGGCUAUUUUUAGACACUUGUUCUGAAUAUAUUUAGAUGUAUAGUUAGGCAAUUGAAUAAGCAGGAAUUAUUAUUACAAAUGCAUCUAGAUCUGAAUCAUAACAUGGUAUUAGAGCCCGACUUGAA